AUGGCUCCGGCUUCUCCAGUAUCGAUACCGCUAUUCGCCCAAACGCAACAGCAGCUCCUGUUGAAAGAGCACGAAGCUGAAGUCUCAUCGUCCGCACUUGCUAGCAAAGCUGCCUCCGCCUCCGCUUCAACGCGUCGAACACUACAAGCGACAGGAUAUGCAUUAACUGGAAUCAUCCUGGCACAAUGCCAGACAGGAAUGGGAGGUCGCCUUGUUGGAGAAUUUACAGCAGACCCCGCAAUGUCCUCGAAUUCUAAGACGGCUGGUGGACAGACAGAUGCGAGCGGGGAAGCUCGACUAGGGGCCCAUGGAAUCAGAGUCGGUGAUGUCGUUCGAGUCAGCGAUACUUCUGCGGGGGGUACCAGGAAAUCAGGGAAAGAUAAAGACAAGGAUGGUACGAAGUCUAAUGCCGCACAAGGGAUUGAAGGCGUUGUCACGAGAGUUGGUGAGCGAAGCGUAUGGAUCGCUUUUGGUCAAUCAGGAAGCGGAGGCCGUCCGAAAGAGGAUGAUGAAGGCGUGGAAGAGCUCUGGGGCAAAAAGCUGUGGCUUAUAAAAUUGGCCAACGACGUCACAUACAGACGCAUGAACCAGACCAUGCAGAAAAUGGAGAAGAUGGCCGAGUCAGAAUAUACUUAUUUCAUGAGGAUGGCUUUUGGCCAUACUUCGCCUUCUUCUGUCGACAUCGACUCCCUGGGCACGGUGCAGUUUCACGACCCUACCUUAAACGACUCCCAGAAGGAAGCUAUCCGAUUCGCGCUUGCCUCGAAGGAGAUUUCACUCAUACAUGGACCGCCUGGAACUGGAAAAACGCACACCCUGAUAGAGCUCAUCCGUCAGAUGGUUCAACGGAACUUGCGCGUGCUCGUCUGUGGACCCUCCAAUAUCUCCGUCGACAAUAUUGUUGAGCGGCUCGCGCCACAUAAGAUACCGAUCGUUAGGAUUGGUCACCCAGCGCGCCUUUUGCCUUCCGUGUUAGACCAUUCUCUCGAAGUGCUUACUCAGACGUCAGAAGCUGCGGAAAUCGUGAAAGAUGUGCGCAAAGAAAUUAAUGAUAAGCAAGCUAGUAUACGGAAGACGAGAAACGGUAGAGAGCGACGGGCUAUUUACGGAGAUCUCAAGGAGCUGCGAAAGGAGUACAGGGAACGUGAGUCCAAGUGUGUCGACAAUCUUGUCAGAGGGAGUAAAGUAACGCUGGCGACUCUACAUGGAGCGGGAGGUUACCAACUGAAGAAUCAGAAAUUUGAUGUUGUCAUCAUUGACGAAGCCAGUCAGGCUCUCGAAGCUCAAUGUUGGGUUCCGCUUUUAUCGGCUUCGAAGUUGGUUCUGGCUGGUGAUCAUUUGCAGCUGCCACCUACUGUGAAAUCCUCAAUACAAAAGUCGGCCACAAAGUCCAAGACAAAAGACAACAAAGUUGAGGACGGAGAGAACGAACCAAAGUCAUUACCAGGAAUCUCCCUAGAAACGACUUUAUUUGAUCGGCUACUCUCUCUUCACGGUUCUGGUAUUAAAAGAAUGUUAACUAUUCAAUAUCGCAUGCACGACAAGAUCAUGAGGUUUCCAUCAGACGAGUUGUACGAGUCUAAACUUGUAGCUGCAGACUCAGUUAGGAGCCGGCUAUUGAAGGAUCUGCCAUACGAUGUGAAGGACACGGACGACACGAGAGAGCCCCUUGUGUUUUGGGACACUCAAGGUGGCGACUUUCCGGAGAAGACUGAAGAUGAGGAGCUCGGAAAGAAGGAGGCACUGUUAGGGGAGAGCAAAAGCAAUGAAAUGGAAGCUGCAGUCGUUUCUAGACACGUCGGCAAUCUUAUCGAAGCAGGGGUUAAGCCGGAAGACAUCGCUGUCGUGACACCGUACAAUGGACAGCUGGCUGUCCUGUCUCAAAUUCUCAAAGAGAAAUAUCCUGGAAUUGAAUUAGGUAGUGUGGAUGGGUUCCAGGGACGAGAGAAGGAAGCCGUCGUUGUUAGUCUUGUCCGGAGCAACCCAGAGCAUGAGGUUGGAUUCCUUGGAGAGAAGCGGAGGUUGAAUGUCGCGAUGACUCGCCCCAAACGUCAUUUAUGCGUCUGCGGUGACUCGGAAACAAUCAGUCGUGGAAGUGGCUUUUUGAAACGCUGGAUGGACUUCCUUGAAGAGAAUGCCGACCUACGGUACCCUGAUGCUGGGGAGAUGUUACAAAGCUCCUGA